AUGGACGGGUUUCUUCAAACCCCGCUGGGGUCUAGCCACGACGCGCACGGCUCCAAGAUGGCGCCCGUCUCCACUGCCUCCUCCAGCUCGGAUCAGGAGCAGCCCAUGCUGGCAGAUAUAGGAACAGAGAUUAGGCGCCUGGCAAGUAACAUGGUCACAAAAGCUGACCUGCAAUCACUCACCUCUACUCUCACAGCAUCCCUCACCUCAGCAGUGACUGCACUGAGGACUGACAUGGAGGCACAGGGUAGCCGGAUACAGGCUUUGGAAACACAGGCCCAGACCACACGACGCCAAACAUCAGCAGCUGACACAGCCCUUACAAGACAGGGCAACAUGCUACUGGCCCUGCGCCAUCAGGUAGAGGACCUGGACAACAGGAGCCGACGCUCCAACAUCAGGGUAAGAGGGGUACCUGAGCAAGAGGGAACAGAAAACGCGGAGGCCCUGCUGACCGGGCUAUUCCGACAGAUACUAGGGGGAGAAGCGCCAGCGGAGAUACGCUAUGAACAAGCGCACAGGGCCCUGAGACCCCGACUCCGAGAGGGGGACCCCCGAGAUCUCAUUUGCUGCCUUCACUCCUUCCCCCUAAAGGAACGGAUAAUGCGCACCGCCAGAACACGGCCCACAUGGCAUUACUAG